AUGGCACCCAAGAAGGCCAAGAGAAGGGCAGUGGCAGAGGGCGGAAGCUCCAAUGUCUUCUCCAUGUUUGAUCAGACCCAAAUCCAGGAGUUCAAGGAGGCCUUCACAGUAAUUGACCAGAACCGGGAUGGCAUUAUUGACAAGGAAGACCUGCGGGACACUUUUGCAGCCAUGGGGCGUCUCAAUGUGAAGAAUGAGGAGCUGGACGCCAUGAUGAAGGAAGCCAGUGGGCCCAUCAACUUCACUGUCUUCCUGAACAUGUUUGGGGAGAAGCUCAAAGGUGCGGACCCUGAGGAUGUGAUCACUGGAGCCUUCAAGGUCUUAGACCCUGAGGGGAAAGGCACCAUCAAGAAGCAAUUCCUGGAGGAGCUGCUGACCACGCAGUGUGACCGCUUCUCCCAGGAAGAGAUGAAGAACAUGUGGGCUGCCUUCCCCCCCGACGUGGGCGGCAACGUAGACUACAAGAACAUCUGCUACGUCAUCACGCAUGGCGACGCCAAGGACCAGGAGUAG